GUCUAUGAUACACGGAACAAAAAUACCGUGGAACUGUCUCAGCGGCAGCGGUCCGUGCCUUAAAUCUUCCCCCCACUAGUCACACGUGUGACAGACAGACAUUCAAUUAUAUCAGCAAACAUGCCGAAGGCAGCUAAAGGGAAGGGACAGGUGGAGAAGAAGGCUAUUCACCCAUACAGCAGGAAAGCUGCGUAUUUAGCCAGCGCUGCCAUCAAACAACAGAGGAAAGAAAAGUUAAAAGGUGAAAAGGCACAGCGUCUAAAUUUGAUUGGUGAAAAACUUCUGUGGUUCCAAAGCCAGCUGGACCCUGACAAAGCAGAAUACACUAAACAUGAUGCUUGUGAAAUAAUUGAGAGGUACCUUCACCGGUUUGACAGAGAGCUGGAGCAAAUUGAGUUAGCAAACAGUAUCAAAGGACGACAGGGUCGUCAGUAUGGCUCUAGAGAGGCCGUCAUCAAACAGACAAUAGAACGAGAGAGAGCUCUGUAUGAAGGCAAUGGCUUUGAAAUCCCUGAUAUCAUCAAUUCUAAGCAUCUGAAAAUAUUUAGAGAGUGGACUGGUGACCUCAAGAAACUCCCGAACAUUAAGAUGAGAAAGGUUUCAGCCAAAGGCUCUGACAGCGCACCGUCUGCAGUUUCACAAGAUAAACACAUGGAGGAAGAGAAUCAGGAAGAUGCAUCUUUGAAUUCCGACACCGACUAGUACUGUGAAAUCCUGCAUCUCUACUACAGUAAAGUUUACUGUAGAGGAAAACACAAAAAUGUGUUGUUGUAAGGCAGGAGGUUACUUAGUAACUCAGGUAACACAGUAUUAUUAAUUCAUAAAUAAACACAGACUUUGAAACA